UGUUUGGAAUUCUCCCGAAAGAUGGCCGCUUCCACCAGUCAACAAUUUUAUUCUUGACAAGGCCAAUGGCAGGCCGAGGCAGGGGUAGAGGAAGAAAUGUAUCCUUCAACGUAGAAGCUUUGGGAAUCAACAAGGGAGAAGUACUUUCAGGACCGGUUCUUCAACCGCCACCGCUCUUCCCGCCACAAGAAUUCAAACCAGUUCCACUGAAACAAAGUGAAGACUAUGAAUAUAUUUGUGCAUUGAAGAAAGAGUUCAUAGGUUUUAUGAAGAAGUCCCCUUAUUACAUACAAUCCAGGGAAAAAAGGAAAGAUAUUGAUAGAUAUUCAGAUAAAUAUCAAUCAGGACAAGACACAUUGGGACAAUGGAAUCCAGAUUGGAGAAUGUUUCCAGAUGAAUUGAAGCCUGCAGAGAAGAAAGUUCAUAAGUUUGGUAGCAGUAAAACUAUUAAACCAAACAUUACACCCUCUAAAAAGCUGAAGACAGUAGAAAAAGAAAUAACUAAAACUUUGGAGAAACUGGAGAAAAAAGAAGCUGCCAUGACAGAUAAAGAAAGAGAGGAAGAUGAGGAAGAGGAAGGAGCAAACCCAGAAAAGAAAAUAGAGGAGGAUCUAGAUGAUGCUGAUGAAGAUAUCGAGGAAGAAGAGGAAACAGAUUAUAUAUUGACCUACUUUGACAAUGGAGAAACAUAUGGUGAUGAUGAUGAUGAGGAUGAUGGGGAUGGCCCAAUAUAUUGAAUCAACACUUCCCUCCAAGGGAGAUUCAGAUAAACAGUGACGAGGAUGUGUAAAAAAAGAUGAGGAAACUUCAGAAAGUCAUUAACACCUCUGACAUUAACUGUACACAGGUUAAGAUCCACAAUUAGACUACAUCUCUGUGAACCGAAGAAAUGAUGAAAUAUGUAGAGUGAAAUGAAAAGCUCAUGUGUUGCAGUUGAUACAUUCAGAUAUAAAUAAAAACUCUAAUUGACAACAAAAAGGCUGUUUGUGAUUUUAAUUUAUUUAAAAUGUUUUCAGUCAUAUUAUAAAUGCACUGUAUAAAUUUGAGAAGAGGACUCUCAUUUGGGCCUCAUUCAUAAUAUAUGUACUGUAAACUUGAUACUUGAAUAUUUUUUACAAGUUGUUAUUUUCAUGAUUUUCAAUGCAAAAACUUUUCGUGUUUGGGUUGAAUUAGUGUAUUGAAUUUAAAGUGUACCCUCAUAUUGUUAAUUUGUACAUACCAUUUAUUUGGGGGAUAUUUUUACAUGUUCACAAAAAUCACCCUAGCACAAGAAUAUCACAAUUUACAGUA